AAAUCAGAGACAAGUACCCGCAUUCCUCGCAGACAGAAUCACCGACAUUCCUACAACAUUAUUUUAUCCUCAGCUCAGACACAUCAACGUUCACCAUCAAAUCAGGGCAUCUUGAGGAUGAUGAGGAGCAUUUUGGUAUGAGUGAACCCGACAACCAUAGUCACUGUCAUACUUCUUUCAAAAACAUGGAGAAAUGUGAGAGAAUCCGAGGAGGGAUGGCUAAAACACCUGUUUCUACCUUGUCAUUCGUUCAACCUCCAUUAACAGAGAGUAAAAGGCGUUUUAGUGGAGCAUCCCACAAGUUCAGGAAUCUAAUUACGUGUGGUGCUACGGAUACGAAUGACGCAGUCUUGGUGAUGAUUGAUCGGGUUGAAAUGAAGAUUAGUUUAAGGCAGGAUUUUAACAUCGAAAGGUCAUCUCAGAUAUGUAGGGUAGAUAGAUUAGGAGGGUCUCGUAGGACCUCAAAUACUUCUUGGAGUACUGGGAAAGGGCGACAGGAACCACAUUGCCAUCCAAGGAAAAGCUUUGAUGGGGUCAAGGGCUGGAAAAGAAGCAAGAAGCAGAAGAAUGCUUGUGAGGGAGACGGAAUUCUGGAUGCUUAUAAGCCCACUUCAAUGCCUAGUUGCUCGCAAUGUGGAAAGCCAUUUAAGCCUGAGAAAAUGCACAAGCAUAUGAAAUCUUGCAAAGGAAAGAGGGUUUUAUCAGAGAGAGCAAUAGUUAAGGCGCCAUGCUUGCAUUAUGAAAAUGCAACUCUCAGAUCGAGGAUCCAUCUCCAGGCUGCUGCCUACAUUGGCCUUCAGAAGAUCAAUCUAUAUUAUGUUCAACUUGCGUACAAGUCAACUUCAUAGGUGGAUAAUUCGUUGACUAAAAUACUCUCACCUCUAAAUUAAUCCCUUAUACAUGUGAGUAUGAAUCAUCUAAAAUUUCAUUCGACCCAAACGAGACUUUUGACAGGAAUAUAGAGAAUAUUGCAAAGGUUCACAACCUUUUGCAUAAUCAAUGCAAUCUUGUGCUGGCCAAAAAUAUCCACGGUGGCACAACAACCGGUUCAUUUUUAUUUCAGCUUGAUGUACGCCACAUAUUUCUUCAUGUACUUCUGCCAUGGCCAACAUUGAUAUGUUUUUACUUAAGCACAUGAGUU